AUGACGACGACGGCGACGACGACUGAACAAGAACAUCCUGCCGCGGCAGCAAACAAACAGGAUGAAAAAAGAAAACCAAUUCGUGCCGUGACUAAUCUACCCGAAGACGGUGCGCUUAAAACUGUCUGCUUCCUGUCAGAACUCACCUGUGGCAGCAAUCGGGUAGAAGACUACCAGAUUCAGAAAGGCGAACUGGUAGGCUCCUCGCGUAAAUUUCGAACCGACUUCCUGCAGGAGUGGCCCACACCGGGAACGGGGCCUUACUUCGACACCGCUUCGAUUCCAUCCAACAUCACCGGUCUGGUGGGCAAAACCGUGAUGCUGAUUUGCAAAGUGAAAAACCUGGGCAACCGAACGGUAUCCUGGGUGCGCCAUCGGGAUAUCCAUCUGCUGACGGUGGGCCGGUACACGUACACCUCCGACCAGCGCUUCGAAGCAAUGCACUCACCCCACACCGAGGAGUGGACCCUGAGGAUACGAUACGCCCAGCGGAAGGACUCCGGCAUCUACGAGUGCCAGAUAUCGACAACACCUCCGAUUGGGCACUUUGUCUAUCUGACGGUAGUAGCCGGUGAAAAAUGGCGCCGCGUACGAAAGCUACUCAAUCCCACCUUCAACACGCGGAUGUUGACCAGCUUCAUGCCGAUAAUGGAUUUCCGUGCCAGUAGGAUGGUGGCAAAGCUAAGUCCCCUGGCCGACGGGAAGACCGAAGUGGACAUCAUGAAGUUUGUCGGCGAAUGCACACUGGAAAUGGUGUUCAGCACGACCAUGGGACGCAACGCGCACGAGCUUCCCGGCCAACGGGAAUAUAUACGGAAUCUGGAAAUUAUUCAAAAUCUUAUUGGAGAAAGAAUUCUGAAUGCUAACCAGUAUUUGGGUAUAUUUUAUCGAAUGAGCAGUUCUUAUAAAGCCGAGAAAAGUUCGAGAGACUAUUGUAAUAACUUCACAGACAAGAUUAUUAUCGAAAGACGUAAGGAGUUGGAAGCCGAGGCUGGCACCAUAACCGAGGACGAUGAAUUUAAAUCGAAGUCACUCAACUUCCUGGAUGAAGUGCUUACCAUGCGAAAGCAGGAUAAUCAGCCCUUCUCCGAUCAUGAAAUCUCAGAUCAACUCUACACUAUGAUGACUGCUGCCCAUGACACUUCAGCUUUGACCGUGGCUUACACCUGUCUUUUCCUCGCAAUGUAUCCGGAAGUGCAAGCAAAAGUCUUUGCCGAAAUGAACGAGACAUUCCACUCGCCGUCGGUGGAUAUCAACUGUGACACGCUCAAGCAGCUCGAGUACACCGAAAUGGUAAUCAAAGAGGUUCUUCGCCUAUGCCCGGCCGUCCCGCUGGCCGGACGAGAAACUUCGCAGGAGAUCGUUCUGGAUGGAGUCCGCAUCCCGAAGGGACAAAUUUUGGGAAUGCAUUUUUACGCACUGCAUCGCCGUAAGGAUUUCUGGGGCCCCGACCCGGAACGUUUCGAUCCGGAGCGCUUCCGGCCGGAAGAAUGCGAAAAGCGGCAUCCGUAUGCAUAUCUGCCGUUCAGUGGGGGUCUUCGGAACUGCAUCGGUAGUCGAUAUGCGAUCAAUUCGAUGCGUAUUAUGUUGCUGAGAAUUUUGCAGCAAUUCGAGCUGCAAACCAAUUUGAAGUUUUCCGACUUUCGACAUAAGUAUGAAAUAACAUUGAAACUGACUGGACCGCAUCGAGUGCGGUUGGUGAGUAGGAAUAAAUGCUGA